AUGCAUCACCACCCUGGGCCUUUCCACGUCUUCAGGGCGGAGCGUGGCGUCACGGCUGGAUACCACCACCACAUCGGAGAUGGCGCCGCGCAGCUCCCCCCCGAGCUCCUCCACCACCCCCGCAGCCCCAACCCCAGCUCCAAGUCCUCCAGCAACGUCACCGUCGCCAACUUCCCGUCGCUCGCCAGUCCGCAUGGAGUAGUGGGGUCGUUGGGCAUGGCGACGCCGGGAAUGGCAUUUGCGGCGGCGGAGGGCCGGUUCUGCACGCCGAGGGCGGCCGUGCAGCAGCUCGAGAACUGGGGCGACUCCCUCUCCGGCAUCGUCGUCACCAGCCCGCUCACCGAGACCUCCACGGACCUCGACGACAGCGGCGACAAGCACCACGCCCUGAUGGUGCCCGCUCCUUUCGGCGGUGGUGGCGCCGGCGGAGGGGCGCAUUCCCAACGACGGGUGGGGUGUGUCGAUUCCUCUGAAAGAACAGGAGAUGAGAAGACCGCACGGAGGCUUGCACAGAACCGCGAGGCGGCCCGGAAAAGCCGCAUCAGGAAGAAGGCUUACCUAGCGCAGCUGGAAAGCAGCCGAUCCAAGCUGACGCACCUUGAGCAAGAGCUUGAGAGGGCAAGGCAGCAGGGAAUCUUCAUCGCCGGUGGUGGCUCCGGUGACUGCUCAAGCGGAGGCGCCUUGGCGUUCGAUUUGGAGUAUGCGCGGUGGCUCGACGACCACCAGCGCCACAUCAACAACCUGAGGGUGGCCGUGAUCGCGGACAUGGGCGACGACGAGCUGCGCAUCCUCGUCGAGUCCGUGCUGCUGCACUACGACGAGUUCUUCAGGCUCAAGAACCUGGCGACCAAGUCCGACGUGUUCCACGUCCUGUCGGGCAUGUGGAUGAGCCCCGCCGAGCGGUUCUUCAUGUGGCUCGGCGGGUUCCGCUCGUCGGAGAUCCUCAAGGUACUGGCCAGCCACCUGGAGCCGCUGACGGACCAGCAGCUGAUGGGCAUCUGCAACCUGCAGCAGUCGUCGCAGCAGGCGGAGGACGCGCUGUCGCAGGGGAUGGAGGCCCUGCAGCAGGCGCUGUCCGAGACGCUGGCCGCGGCGGCGGGGGCCGGGCCGCUGGCCGGCGCCGCCAACGUGACCAACUACAUGGGGCAGAUGGCCAUCGCCAUGGGGAAGCUGAGCACGCUGGAGAACUUCCUCCGGCAGGGCGACCUCCUGAGGCAGCAGACCCUGCAGCAGAUGCACCGCAUCCUGACGACCCGGCAGGCCGCCCGCGCGCUGCUCGUCAUCAGCGACUACUUCUCCCGGCUCCGCGCGCUGAGCUCCCUCUGGCUGGCGCGGCCGAGGGACUAG